UACGCCAAUACGUAUGCUAGCGUCUGUCCAUUAAUUUAGUAGCAUCCGGUUCGUUCAAAGACACGUACUAAUAUUAAUAUGAAUAUUACUACCCCUUUUAUAUUUUUUAAUAUAAGUAUAUUUAGUUAUGUGUGCCGGUGUAUUUAUAACAAUAAUAUAUUCAAUAGAAAAGAUGACAAUAUAAACUUGAGUGUGAAUUUACGAAGUGCGAGAUUUCCACUGUAACCGCAUGGCGGGCUCUAACCGCUUGCAGGUUAUGUUCCGAUCGAUGAAGCCGGUCGAUACUCGAAACAAACGCCAGUCGCGCGGACACCGCAAAUUAUAAUAAACAGCAUUCUUUGCAUCGUGGUAUUGAGUGUGAGAAAUAGUUUCUUUUUUUAUUCUUUUCUGUUCGAAGUGUAUGUGUUCUACCAACGCUAAUAAAGUGACAGUUGUGCGUGUUCCUAACCAAUAAAAAUUGUGUUGUUUUGUGUACGUUCGCGGUUGAUGUAUGUUCUGUUCUGAAAGAUGGGAUACUCGUGGAAUAUGAGCGACUAAUCAUGCCGCCUUUCCGACAUAUACACACACAGAUAUAUAUAAAUUCGGUAUCCGUGUUCUGCGCCGAAGAGAACCCGAUGAACCUUUCCGGGGGUUCGCGUGACGAGGACCGACAACCUUUGCAAAGCAGCCAACAGAAAGAGACCUGGCGAGGCUACAACUGUUCGUGAAAUCGACGAUGAACAGGGAUUCGAGGAACAGUGCGGAAGCGUUUCGUAUACCGGCACGUUCCGAAUUAGCUCAACUGCCUUCUUCCACAUUCUCUGCCGUGAUUCUGUGUCCCGGUUUCAUUGUCUCGGUCCAACGAACACAACCGACACAGACAUUUUCUUUUCUCUUUUCUUUUGUAAACAUGCUUCGGUGCCGUCUGCCCACUGGCUGCGUUCGACGAUAUUGAUUGCCCUUCUUCAGAUAGCGUGACUUCGAUCACAGGAUGCUAACAGCUGCCGUUCGCAUAAUUUAAAUAGAUGUUACAGAGUGUCCGGGAUGGACUUAAUCGCGUACAAUCAUCGCGAGAUCGCGAGCAUGUCGAGCAGCGUCGACGACGAGGACGACGAGAUUGAGAAGAUCCUGCCGUACGUGAACAUCGAGCAACGUUUGUUGACGAUCGAGCAGCUGGUGUCCGGUGGCGACAAGCGCUGCAAAAUGCCGUUCAGGAGUAGCCUAUUUUCGAACGUGCCGCCUUACAUCAUGUUCCAGUCGUUCGACAGCAAAGGGCCGAUACUGCCGUACGAAGUAACCAGACACCUGAAAUGGCGUUUGAGCACGAUCACACCGUUAAUCGUACGUCGUACCUUGAUCAACUCAGGUUAUCGGCUGAUGAAGAAGUGCCAGGAGUGGGGCGGCACCUGGGGCAAGUACAUGAAGUCGGUGUGCUUCAAGGAGCUGAAGGAGACGCAGAAGAUCAAUCACUUCCCGGGCGCGUUCCAGAUCGGCCGGAAGGACAAGCUCUGGCGCAACCUCAGCAGGAUGAUGUUAAAGCACGAGGUUCGGGAGUUCGACUUCGUCCCGAUGACCUACGUGCUGCCGCAGGACCUCUUCUACUUCCGCCAAGUGUGGAAGAAGUCCGGCCACAAGGAGAAGUGGAUACUGAAGCCGCCCGCGUCGGCCAGGGGCAGCGGCAUCAAGGUGGUGCACCGCUGGUCCCAGAUACCAAAGAAACGCGCCGUGAUCGUGCAACGGUACCUGUCCAGGCCCAGACUGAUCAGCGGGGCCAAGUUCGACCUGCGGCUCUACGUCCUGGUCACCAGCUUCAACCCGCUCAAAGUGUACAUCUACCCGGACGGGCUGGUCCGGUUCGCCUCCGUCAAGUACAACGACGACAUCAACUACCUCAGCGACCGUUUCAUGCACCUGACCAACUACAGCAUCAACAAGACCAACUCCACGUACACCAACAACGACUGCGUGGACGCGUGUUCGGGCCACAAGUGGUCCCUCAAGUCCCUGUGGUCUUAUCUGGAGAGGGAGCACGUGAACGUGUCGAACCUGUGGGCGUCCAUGAAGGACAUCGUCGUCAAGACGAUCAUAGCCGGUGAAUCGUCCAUCAAUAGUCUGACCACUGCCAACGUGAUGUCCCGUUACUGUUGCUACGAGCUCUUCGGCUUCGACAUACUCCUGGACGAGGACCUCAAGCCUUGGCUGCUGGAGGUGAACAUCUCGCCCUCGCUGCAGACGUCCUCGCCGCUGGACACCGCGAUCAAGGGACCACUCAUCAGGAACGUGUUCAAUAUGGCGGGCUUUCAGCUGCCGAAUACCUUGUCCAGCGAGGAUACCGAGAAGGUGGCGAAGAGCUAUCAGCUCAACAGGGUGUGUCACGAUUGCAGACUGUACAGGACGGCGCUCAGCCUUCAGGAAUGGGACAAGCAGUCCUUGUACGCUAAUCUUAGGGACAGGGACGAGUAUCUGGAGGACAUCAUCGAGGAUCUGACGCCCGAUGAUGUUAGACAACUGAUUCUUUAUGAGGAUGAGCUGACGCAGAUGGAUAGGUUCGAGAAAAUAUUUCCUACGUCCACUAGCCACAAGUACCUGCAGUACUUUGAGAUUCCAAGGUACUACAAUAUGCUGUUCGACGCGUGGGAGAUGCAGUAUGGGGAGAAUAGGGAAAGGGGGAUAUCCAGGUUGCAGGAACUGUGCGAGAGUAAGUUUCAUUUGGAGCCGUAGCUUCUCGUCAUGGGAGUUCGGGACCUAAGCGAUCAAAGUGUGAAGCCUUUCUUCAUUUUUUUUUUUUUUCUUUUGUAUGCAAUUGUACAACGUAUAUGAGAUGUCGGGUUUCUCCUGCCGCGCCGAGGUUGUGAGAUGCGUCAUUGUAUCGAUUAUUUUGGACUAAUAAAGCACUUUACAACGAG